AAUACGAGCAAACAGUCGGACGAAGUUCGUUCUGUUCGCUUCGUCGAUUCGUUAGUAACGCAUAGACGGUGCAACUUAUCGUUUCGCAACUUCGAUCCUCUCUCGAUCUUCUGCCUUUAUCGUUAGAAGUGAUCGGUACGCGCGUGCAAGUGGCUAGCGCCGAGCUAAAUCGCCGUAACGCUUCGUCUUCGUUCCAUCCGUUUGUUUCUCGUGCGAGUUAGAUCGAAAGGAAGCAGAUUCUAUUCGCCGUGAUGACAGACUACCUGAGCGACGAGAUGUCGACGAACAACCCGGAGCUGAUGGUCCGGCGACCGGUCUAUCAACAGGACGAGAUCAAUCAGUUGUACAAAUACGUAAAGCCGAAUAAAACGGUUUUUCAAAAUCUAUCAUCGAGAUGCCAAAAAUUCAACUGUUUGAAGGCUGUCAAAGAAUCGAUACCUUUAAUUGGUUGGUUAUCGAAGUAUAAUUGGAAAGGCAACAUCCUUGGAGACAUAAUCGCCGGGAUUACAGUCGCGGUGAUGCAUAUCCCUCAAGGACUGGCGUACGCGAUACUGGGCAACGUACCACCGAUCGUCGGAAUUUACAUGGCAUUCUUUCCCGUUUUAGUUUACCUGUUUCUCGGUACUUCGAGACACAAUUCGAUGGGUACGUUCGCGUUGGUUUGCAUGAUGACUGGAAAAGUGGUAGCCACUUAUAGCACCCCGGAGCAAUUACAGACGAACAACAAUGCUACGGAUAAUCACGAAUUAUCCAGGAAUAAUCAAUAUUCCCCCGUGGAAGUUGCUACCGCGGUCACGUUCACCGUAGCCAUGAUUCAGCUACUGAUGUAUCUACUGCGAUUGGGAGUGAUCGCCUCUUUACUGGCGGACAGUCUGGUCAGUGGAUUCACCACCUCGGCGGCGGUUCACGUGUUCACGUCGCAAGUAAAGGAUUUGUUAGGACUUAAGAAUCUACCUAAUCGGAGAGGAGCCUUCAAGUUGAUCUUCACUUACGUGGAUUACUUCAGGAACAUCGAAACCGUCAACUGGGUCGCGAUCGUCCUUUCUACCGUUAUCAUUCUUAUCCUCAUCCUCAACAAUUUUCUAAAGAAGAGAAUCGCGAGACUUAGUCCUCUACCGUUUCCCAUAGAAAUGCUGGCAGUUCUAAUUGGAACUAUUCUAUCAAUGUACUUGAAUCUUGGAGAGACUUAUGGACUCGCGACAGUCGGUCACAUACCAGUCGGAUUACCAACUCCGUCUCUACCUCCGUUCUCGUUGAUACCAAACAUCCUUUUGGACAGUUUCGUAAUCACCAUGGUGUCCUACACCAUAACCAUGUCGAUGGCGUUGAUCUUCGCACAGAAAUUGGGCUACGAGGUGGACUCGAACCAAGAACUAAUGGCUCAGGGUGUAGGUAACCUUGUUGGAUCCUUCUUCUCUUGCAUGCCAUUUACAGCUUCCUUGUCCAGGUCUUUGAUCCAGCAGACUGUCGGAGGGCACACUCAGCUGGCUAGCCUGAUAUCCUGUGGCCUUCUGAUCAGUGUCCUACUAUGGAUUGGUCCGUUCUUUGAGCCUCUACCACGGUGUGUUCUAGCCAGCAUCAUCGUGGUAGCUCUGAAUGGAAUGCUGAUGAAAGUGAAAGAGUUCAAGAAAUUCUGGAACCUGGACAAGAUGGACGGAAUCAUCUGGGCCGUGACGUUCAUUACCGUCAUUCUGUUGGACGUGGAGUAUGGUCUGAUGGCCGGGAUAUUCUUCUGCAUAGGGAAACUGAUCUUGUUCGCCGUUCGUCCGUACACCUGUUCGCUGGCCCAAGUGCCUGGUACCGAGAUUUAUCUGGAUAGCAAGAGAUAUAAAGGCACGGUCGAGCUACCGGGUAUCAAGAUAUUUCAUUACUCCGGCAGUUUAAACUUUGCCUGUCGUCAGCAGUUUCGUGAGAAGGUGUACAAAGUAGCCGGACGAAAGCCUCGGAAGAAUACGAGGCACGAGGAGUUGACGGAAAUUAAACAGCUGCGAACGUUGAUACUGGACUUCAGCGCGUUAACUCGCAUAGAUCUGGCGGGUACAACGACCCUAGGAAACCUGAUCAGCGAGUACUGCGACAUCAAUAUCGCCGUGUACAUAGUAGGCUGUUCCGGACCCGUGUACGAGAUGAUGAGAAAGUGCAAUCUAACGGAAUUAGGAGGCGGUCUCUUCUCCAUGUUCCCCACCGUGGCUGACGCGGUGCACUUUGCAAGAUGCAACGAGUUGACGCACACACCGGCAUGGUACUCCUCCAUGUAGGAGGAGCUGAGAAUACUAAUCGUCGGUGACCAGUGUUCAUUCAUGUUUCACGAAUAGUGGAUACUCAAUUAACGCAAGA